UACUUAUAAUACAAUAUGAUAUCUGUAAAAAUGUUACCUUCAUUAGAAGGUACAAAAUUAAUUAUUCUUGAUGAAGGUUUGUAAAAUGCAACAUAUGCAAAAAUACUAAUUGCAGGAUGGAUACAAAUGUGGAAAGAGAAUGAUGCUAAUCGUGUAUUCAAUUUGUUAUUGUUUUCCAAUCCAAAAUCUUCAUAUCAAAAUGAACACAAAGUUUUCACAUCAGAUAACAUACAUAUUUCUGAUUAUUAUACUAUUAAUAUUAAUGAAUUUGACACAAGUAAUAUUGCUGAAAAAGAUUUUCAUAGAUUAGAAUAUAUUUUGAAAACUACAAAUGCAAAAUCUACAGUGAUUAUUGAUUGUUUGACAUCUUUAAUUUUAUUUAUUGGUUUAUCAAAGACUUUGUGGUUUUUAAAGAAAUUAAGCAAACAAGUGUCACAAGUAAUUUGUAUUUAUAAACGUGAUUUUGUAAAAAUUAAAAUACCUUGCAUUGAAACAUUAGGUAGUACAUAUGUAAAAAUACAGAAAUUUUCUAAUUCAGCGAUAAACAAGAAUUUUAAUUAUAUAGUAGAACUUGUGCAUCGUAAAAUAAAUGGAGGAAUUUUGAAACAACAGGAAAUAGUAAAUCAAAAUAUCAUAUCUUAUGAAAUUCAGUCACAAAAACUUGAACAAUGCAAAAAAUUAGAUUCAGAGUAUGAGAAGUUGAAUCAAAUUGAAUCUUCAUUCAGAUUAGAAAUAAGUGAAAAUGAAGUAAAACAGAAAAAAACAAUAUUACCAUAUAUAGUUAAUCCAAAUAUAAAUAUAUCUAAAAUUAAUUAUCAACCAGAGGACAUAGAUGAUAUUGAUGAGGAAGAUCCAGAUGAUGAUUUAUGUUUCUAAUUUAUUUAUAUUUCUUCUUAUUAUUAAUAUAUAUUCAAAUUAUAAUUAAAAUUAAAAUAUUACAUUAAAAAAACUACUAUUUCAAAGAAAAAUUUUAUUUUUUAUUCUAUGAUAUAAUAUUUUCAAAAAUAUUAUUUAUAAUAUUUCAUUUCUUAUUUUAUUGCAGCAAUAAAAUUUAAUAUCUUUUAUUCUAACAUAAUAUUUCUAAACUUAUUAACAAUAAAUUUCAAAUCUAUAAGAAAAUAGAGAUAUUUUAUAUAAAAUAAUCCUGCAUAUAAUAAUGAUUAAAUAACAAUUUAAAAAUAGAAUACUAAUAUUUAUCUCUUUGGCUUUUCGUUCAAUUAAUUGUUAUCACUUUCUUCUAUAAGUUUGAGACUGUAUCAUAAAAUAUAUGUAACAUUUAUAAUUACAGAAAGCACAGAAAGAAAAAGCACAGCCAGAUGCAAAAAUGAUUUUAUAGAAUAAA